UGAAGUGGUGCCAGCCGACAUCUUGCUAUUACGAACGAGUGCGCCAAAUGGAGUCUGCUAUAUUGACACCGGCCAUUUAGACGGCGAAACGAAUUUAAAACAAAGAGAAGUUCCACGUACGUUUCUAAAAAAGCAAGAAAUAUUCGAACCAAGCAAGUUUCGGAGCCACAUCGAAGUGGACGCACCUACAACCAAAAUUUACCGAUUUCAUGGCGCCAUGCUGCAUCCAUCGGGCGCGAGGGAAGUGGUCGGUACCGAAAAUUUACUGCUUAGGGAAUGUCUGCUUAAAAAUACCGAUUACGUGGAAGGAAUUGUUGUGUAUGCCGGACAUGAAACGAAAGCGAUGCUAAACAAUGGUGGCCCACGAUAUAAAAGAUCGGCAUUGGAAAGGCAGAUGAAUCAGGAUGUGUUUUGGUGUGUUCUGGUUCUUGUGAUUUUGUGCGUUAUUGGAGCGGUUGGUUGCAAGUUAUGGUUGCAAGCUUACAAUCAAAUAAAAGAGCCCUUUAAACUUGAGGCUUCUUCUGAAUCCACUGAAGCGUUUCUUGCCUUUUGGACGUACAUUAUUAUUUUACAGAUUAUGAUCCCACUCUCUCUAUAUGUUACCCUCGAAAUGUGCAAAAUUAUUCAAGUUUAUCAUAUUCAUCAUAAUGUCGAUUUGUACGAUACGGAAACCGAUAAACGUGUCGAAUGCAGAGCGUUAAAUAUUACUGAAGAACUAGGACAAGUGCAGUACAUAUUCUCUGACAAAACUGGCACGUUGACUGAGAACAGAAUGAUUUUUCGACGGUGCACUAUUGCGGGGGUAGAUUAUAAUCAUCAUAAUCUUGAAAAUGAAGGACGAGGUGCGAAGGCGAGUGCAGCUUUAUCUGUAAUAAUUAAUCCUAAGUUAAAAGAAGAUUUAGAUAGUCAAUUAUCCGAACAGAGUACCAUAGCACAGCAAAGACAUGCAGCUAGAAUUCAGGAAUUUUUGCUUUUAUUAGCUGUUUGUAAUACGGUAGUCUGUUCACAUCAUCCUCACUGUGAUCUCAUGAAUGCUAGUGGAGUAAUAGAAGCCGUGAGUAAUGUCUUCGCAACUUCGGGGAGUGCAAGACUAAAUAGCAUAGACUGUACAGAUAGGGAUGGUCAAAUGCACUCCACAAAUGACAAAUACGAACGUCUAAAAGAGUCAAGAUCGGUUACACCAUCCCCGCCAUUAAAUUCGCAUACACACAAUGAUUCCUUAAGAGCGACACAUGUGCCAUCACUAACUCCUAUUAACUCUGUGGAAUCAUCACCUAAUGCCGAAGAAAUCGCUCAAAGUUGCGCAAUAAAAAGUAGUUUUAGGCCAAAGUUGAACAUUUCAUCACUGCCUUUCUUAGGAAAUAAACGUAAUGGAAAUAGCUGUAAUUUAACCGAUGAACAGAAGGCGAAACUUAAUUGCUCCACCACACUGUUCGAUUCUAAACCAAUAUUCGAAGCGGAGAGUCCUGACGAACUAGCUUUAGUUGAUGCAGCUUAUAGUUAUAAUUGCCGUUUGCUUAAAAGAAACCCAGGGUCAGUGAUCGUAGAUGUACCAGGAGAAGGUAUUUUGGAGUACGAAAUCUUACAAGUUCUUCCCUUCGAUUCCUAUAGAAAACGAAUGUCUAUAAUUCUUAGGCAUCCUCACACAAAUGAAAUAACUGUUUAUUGUAAAGGUGCGGACAGUAGUAUAUUGCCCAAUUUGGCGCCGAUAGAAGACGACUCUGAACAGAAGCAAAUAAUCAACCGAACACAACAGCAGCUUCACACCUAUGCGAGUAAAGGUCUACGAGUGUUACUCAUGGCCAAGCGAAUUCUUUCGUUUAGUGAGUACACUGAUUGGCUGGCGAUGCAUCAAGAAUAUCAGCUAUUGCAUGAAAAUCGCGACAGCAAACUUCGGGAAAGUUACUCCAUGUUGGAGCGGAAGUUAUCGUUAUUGGGAGCGACUGGAAUUGAGGACCGUCUGCAGGAGGGCGUACCAGAAACUCUCGUCUCAUUAGUAGCGUCGGGUAUAGUCGUUUGGGUACUUACUGGCGACAAACAGGAGACUGCAAUUAAUAUCGCGUUCUCUGCAAAGCUUUUCAAUUCGGAUAUGGAAAUUUUGAAAAUCAUGGCGAGGUCGAAAAAAGCCGCCGAGGAUACAAUUAAGUGUUACUUGACCGAAAUUGAGGAGUGCAGCGAAAGCAACGGCUCCGACCGAAGGAGUCAACCUUCAAGCAGUACCAGCGAGCUAUUGCGAAGAACUAGGGUGAAUAGGAAGAAGUACUCGCGAGCCUUGGUGGUUGACGGAAAAAGUCUGACGUAUAUUUUGGAUAAGCGUUCAAAUUUAACCAAACAUUUUUUAAAACUUACCACUUUCUGUAAUUCUGUGCUUUGUUGCCGUGCGACACCACUGCAAAAGGCGUACAUAGUCAAGGUAGUUAAGGAAGAGUUAAAAAUGAGGACUCUUGCCAUUGGAGAUGGAGCUAAUGAUGUUUCAAUGAUUCAAACGGCCGAUGUAGGUAUCGGGAUAUCUGGGCAAGAGGGAAUGCAGGCAGUGAUGGCAGCUGAUUUUGCAUUGUCGAAGUUUAAAUACUUGGAGAGGUUUUUAUUAGUUCACGGACAUUGGAGCUAUGACAGAUUGGCACGGAUGGUGCUGUAUUUUUUUUAUAAAAAUGCUGCAUUCGUUUUUUUGAUAUUUUGGUACCAAUUGUAUUGCGGCUUUUCUGGUGCUGUUAUGAUUGAUCAGAUGUAUCUCAUGUUAUAUAAUUUAUUAUUUACAUCGUUGCCGCCAUUAGCUAUUGGUGUUUAUGACCAAGACAGCCCCGAGGAUCUCUUGCGCCAAAAACCGUAUUUAUACAGAAAAGGUCGACUAGGUAAAGUGUAUCGAAGUUUUUCUUUUUGGUUGACAUUGGCAGAUGCUUUGUAUCAAAGUCUGGCCAUAUUCUUUAUUUGUGUCGCAGUCUACAUGGAUACAGCAAUCGAUAUAUGGGAAUUUGGAACAACUGUAACCACCAUUUGUAUGUUUGUGAUGUCGUUUCAUGUCGCAAUCGAAAUUAAAUCAUGGACAAUAAUUCACGUCGCGUCUAUAGUUAUAUCGAUUGGAGCAUUCUAUGUAUAUUCGAUCUUGUACAAUUCCUUAUGCGUGAAUUGUUUCGGAUUGCCGAGUACCUAUUGGGUGAUACAGCAUGCAAUUAUUUCGCCAACGUAUUGGCUGUCAACCUUGCUGUCUAUUGUAAUUGCUCUUCUUCCAAGAUUAGUGUUUCUAGUCAUAAAAAACACAAUUAGUCCUGACGACGUUACGAGGGCGCUUAUAACAUAUCGGCGUGAUAACAGGAGAGAACCACAGAUAGUCGGAAUCCAAAUCACACUUUAACAGCAGUUGGAUGAAAGUGUCCUUAUGAGAAUUGAACCUCCAUUAAUUAUGUAUUUCCAGGCUGUGAUGAGUAUUAUUAUAAGGGACCAUUUAAUAAAACUAUUUUUCAUUCUAUAACUCGUUUUAAUUUUAUUCUGUGCCAUUCUUAUUUAUUUUACGAAAGUGUACAUCGACAAUGAACUUGUACCUAUUUUAAAGUAGAAGCGUACUUAUACUUAGUGUAAUAAAUACAAAGCAUUAGUUACCAAUUCUAGGCAAUUUAUUUAUAGCGUAAACAAAUUUUGUUCCUUUAUAAUGAUGUAACAUGAACAUUUGUAUGGCUUUUAUAGUGUUCUUGCCAAAUAUUAAUUUAUCAUUGUAUUUCUACUGUUAUUUUUCAGCCCAUAUUACUUCUUGCCUGCUUUCCAUUUAACUGGUUGCAACUGAGUGUAGGUACCACAAUUGAACAGUCUAUUAAUUUAUUCUCGGCAGCGAUCAGGUAAAUGGAAGAAAUAACAUUACUACAGAAGCAAUAAUAAUUGGGCAUAAGUUACUUAGGCUUCUUUUAGUAUUAAUAAAAUGUGACUGACCUAAAUCCUAGACAUUUACGAGUUUAAUUUUUGUACUAAAUUAUUGCCUGUAACGUAGUCAAUUUGUUAUGAUGUAAGGAUUGUGUAUAAUUGCCUUAAAAUAAUCUAUUUAAAAUAUCCAUUGUCAUAUUUUGUGAUGUGUACUGUUGAGUUUUUAAAGUAUAAGAUACUGUUAGAAAUGUGUAGUUAUGUAGUGAUUUUAUAUAAAAGAUGUAUUUAUGUACAAAAUUGGUAAAGAAAAUGAA